CUGAAAGAAAAAUAUUGCAGUAAAAUACAAAAUUACAACCUACACAUCAUGGACAAAUUUUGUAAAUCAUUAUCAAUACCAUCAAUAUUCAAUACACAUCUGAACUAAAGAACAGUAUCAGUUUUGUUAGUCGUUAUAAUAAGUGCCUGAUAAGAAUAAAUGAAUGGGUAGGGAUUUAUUGAGAUAGCAAUGUCGAUAUCGAAAAUUCAUGCCAUAUCAUUUUUAUUUAAUGGUACCAGUAGAUGCUUUAAUAAGAACAGUAUUUUAAAUUUUGGUUGGAUUUCGAGGAGCAUGAGUACCACAAUGAGAGCUGUCUUAAUCCGUUCAACAGGAGAUGAAUCAGUCCUUAACGUUGAGACAAUUCCUGUUCCUGAAAUAUCAUCGAAUCAAGUGCUGGUUGAAAUCCAUGCCGCUGGCCUGAACCCAGUGGACACUUACAUCAGAGAGAAGAAGUUCGGUUAUGAUCCUAAGCUUCCAGUUGUUUUGGGCGGAGAGGCUGCUGGGAAAAUCGUAAAAUUGGGAAAAGAAGCAGAAAAGAAAUACAAGGUAAACGAUCACGUCAUCUGUAGUCUGCACGCCCCCAACUAUGGAGGAUACGCAGAGUACGUCGCCUGUGAUGUUACUGACCUCAUCCCAUUGACACACAACCUGAGUUUCUCACAAGGUGCUGCGGUAUACGUGCCUUACUUUACAGCGUAUAAAGCUCUUGUUGCAAGGUGUAAAAUGCAGCCAAAAGAAUUGGUGAUGGUUCACGGAGCGAGUGGUGGAGUAGGAGUAGCUGCUGUACAGAUUGCUAAAGCCUAUGGAGCAGUAGUAGCUGUGUCAGCUGGAUCCGAGGCAGGAUUGAAACUUUUAAAUGACCUGGGUGCAGAUGUGAUCGUGGAUCAUAGAGAGGAUGGUCACUUGCAGAAAGCUCUGGCCAAGGCGGGUCGGCCAGGGUUCGAUGUUAUUUUUGAGAAUAGAGCAGACCUGAACCUGGGUUCGGAUUUGGCAGCCCUGGGAGUGGGUGGCAGGAUAGCGAUUGUGGGAUCUAGAGGUCCUGUAGAAGUGGACCCUCGCAACUUUAUCAGGACUGAAGGAUCAGUGCUUGGUGUAAACAUUUCUAAAAUCACCAAGGAGGAGUUUGUGGAGUUCUCAUCUGCUCUUGUGGCAGGUAUGGAGAAGGGCUGGCUAAAGCCUGUGGUAGGGAAGGAAUAUUCUAUGGAGGAAAUACAAAAAGCUCACAGCGAUCUCAUCAAGGCACAUGGAGCGUAUGGGAAAAUGGUUCUUAAAAUAAGAUAACCUUAGCGAUGAGAGAGAGAAGUUAGGAAGUAAUUGUGAAUAGUAUAUUACAAUAAAAGCCCUCUUAACUGGGAGUGCAGGCCACAGGCCUUUACUCCAAACUGUGGUAAAGGAGGCUAAAUAAAAAUGUCUAUUUCGGCUCAGUAGGAAGAUAAGUAGAUUUUGUAUAUGGUCUGUCAUCUUGAAAUAUUAAUUUUAAGAUACCGAAAUUAAAUGUAUCAUGAAUUUAUUAUUUCAAGACGCAAACAAUUUACUAUGAUUGAGAACUUCAAAACAAUGAUGUCCAGUUUAUGCAAAGUGAUUAUUACAAUUUAAUAUUGCAAUAUUUUGAAAGCCUCGCAAUUCUACAACCAAUACAACCAUACAAGAUAUAUAAAUAGUUAUAAUCUCAUAAGUAAGAUUUUUAACACUUUGUACUCUAUAUAGAGUCAUUUAAAUGUGUGGAUUUUUACACCUAUCCAUUUAAAAUGAUUAUAUGGUUGAUGUAAAAUAGCUAAGAACAUAAAAAAUGAGGUAGUUGUGAGUUAUUAAAUAUAAACGUGCCAGAUUUUGUUCCAAUAAGUUACAAAUCUGUGACGUAACUAUCUCCUUUCAAAAAUCUGAAUAGCUGUUGUCGUGGAACCUUAAAUCGUUACACACAAAUUCUUAGUUUCCUAGAGACAGUGAACGUAAAGCAGAGCUACAAUUUUUAGCACACCAGUCAAGUUUGUUUGGUACAGUUCCACUUAAUUUCAAACAUAUUUAUUUCAUUACUAUUCAUUUACAUUGUGUGGUGUUAAUUUCUUUUUAUCAGUAAUUGUAUUAGUUUUCAAAAGAUACAAAUGAUAUCAACAAAUAAGUUAAAAUCAUACUAGCUAGGCUUAGGAUCCAAGCUCUCUUGUUACAUGAGCUUUUAUUGGGUUGUGCAAUUAUUCAACAAGAUUGCUUUUACUACAUACCUACAUAUUAGUUCCUUGGUAUUUAAAGAAUUCUUGAUAUCAAAGUUUCAUUUAAGGCAUUUAUUGUAGUUUAAUGUUAAUAUAAUAGUUUGACUUUGAUUUUAUUCUUUAUUGAAAUGGGAAUUAAAUGUGGUUAUAUCAAAAUAUCUUUAAUGCGGUACACAAUAUUUAUGAAGAAAGUAUUUUUACUGUACGUAUUUUACUGAUUUAAGUUUUAA